AUGUUAUUGAUAUGCAGGAGAGGUGAUACGAACCUCGCAUACCGUCCUGAAUCCUUUGGGGAGUUACUGGUAACAGUAUGGUGUUUGGUGGCGCUCAUGACGUUUAACACGGGUCUCAUAGAAACUAGAAUGGAGGAAGUGGACUCUAAGUACAAAAGUAUGGAGCCGCAUCUGACUUCCACGGAGAAGCCGAAGCUUGAACCUCAUGUGGAUUUGAAGAUGGGCAAAUGUUUCCACAUGUCCCGGGAACACUGCCCCACGGAGACCAGGUGUAAGAGAGUGGACCCUGUCUCCGUGUUCUGUUGUGAUGUAGACAGCACCAAGCUGAAGGAAGCCUUGGCGAUCACCGUGACUCAGAACACAGUCAACCUGCAUGUGUUGAACGCCACUAUCGAGGAGUUGGAUGUAUCUCAGUCAAUAUUCCGUCGCCUCACUUCCAUGGCGCUCACUGACGGAAACAUCGGGAGAAUUGUUGCCGAGGAAUAUUUGUCGGAUGUAAAAAAUAAUGGAAGUCAGUUCCCCAAGUAUUCUUCCAUCGCGUGCCUGAACAUCUCCAACAACAACCUGAGCUCAGCCACAGUAGGCGGGCCGCAGCCGGUCCAGCGUCCCUUCGCCUAUCUCUUUACCUUAUCAGUUCUGGACGCCUCCGCUAACAACCUCACGGAGUUCCCUCUCAGCCUGAUGCAGAGCAACCGAAAGAUAUUCCUCGAUCUAUCUGGUAACAAUUAUCUUCCAUGCAAACACUUCUUGAUAGCCAUGGAGGCUAACAACAGUUCAUUGGUGACCUUCCUCAACUACAACCGUACGUUCUGCGCCCUGGACCUGAUGUUCAACUGGUUCACUGAACUACAGAUAGUACCCAUCGAUCACCUCCGAGUACAGAAAGAGGUGAACGCCAGCUGCCUCAAGAUCCGUCCCCCUGAGUCCAGGUGUUCGUGCGCGCCGGACCGCCUGGAGCUGCUGGACGGAGCCGUCACCAACGUGGUGGCGGUGGACUGCUCGCGGAGACACCUGCAGCAGAUGCCCACCAACCUGCCGCCUAACACCGUCAAACUCAACGUCUCAUACAACAAUAUAACGUCUCUCCAAGCGGUGUCAGACGACCCGUCGUACGAGCACCUACGGAACCUGCUGGUGGACCACAACGACAUCACCAGCAUCGUGGACCUGGAGGGGACCAAGUUCAUUGAUAACUUCAUGGUCUUCUCCAUCACAAACAAUAAGCUCAAGACGAUUCACACAUACGUGUUGUCAAAUCGUUUCGACACAACCGGCCCAUCAUUCUUGAUCGCCAACAACUACAUACACUGUGAUUGUAACACUGAGAAAGUACUAAAGCCCUGGCUGCUCGAAAAUCUAAAAAGCAUCCCGGACUACAAGAGUUUAGAGUGCGAAGACAAUAUGGGGCCAGUGGUGGAAUUGAAGGAGUUCCAAGUGUGUCACACGCCGCGAGACUGGACCGACUACAUCUACUACAUCAUAGGCUUGGAAGUAUUGAUCUUGGUUUUGUUAAUAAGCAAGGUCUCCUAUGACUACUGGGUCUUCAAGACCGCCGGCUACCUGCCCUGGCCCGCCAACAAGAUGCCCAGGCUGCCUUGUGAUUGGCUGUGCGAGUGA